AUGGAGUAUAAAUUUCUCAUCGGAGAAGCAAUUCUUGAGAAGGAAUAUGAUAACAACAAAGACAUGGUUUUUGGAAAUCUCCAGGAUUCUUACAAAAAUCUUCCUUUGAAGACCAAAGUUGCUUAUGAAUACCUUGCAUCCUGCCAUUCGCCUCCUAAAUACUUCCUUCUCAUCGACGACGACACUUGGUUCGCAGUAGAACCUAUUCGGAAAACUCUACAAGAUUCAAAAGCACUAAAUCAAAUCUACGGGAACAUGCGGCGAGGAUCUCCAAGAGGGCCCUGGUCAGAGAAGACGAAGUUAGUCGUGAACACGACGAUUUGGGAGCCAGAUAAAUGGCCAACAUGGGUUGAUGGCCCAUGCACGUUUAUGAGGGGUGACGCUGCUAUGAAAAUUGCCAAAACUGCAAGCAAAACAAACUGGCUGGAAGCAAUCCCGGUCGAAGACGUUUUCUUCAGCGGAAUCGUAAGACUGAAGGCCAAACUCAAAGAACCACUGACGAAGGCUAAAUUCAAUCCUGAAAGAAUUCACUGCCGCCACUUGAAAAACAACUUGCCCCAGCUCAAAAAAUUGAUGAAUUACAAGCCUGUUCCUAGUACCUAA